CUAAGGACGUUGACCCUAAAUGAAACCACGGGAAUACGUGUACACGUGCCGGUUUGGGAAAUCACAAGCAAAACGGUAAUAAUAAGAUUGGCAUGAUUAGCAGAUGAUCAUCAUCUGCAUCUGCAUCUGCAUCUUCAUCAUCCCCCAUUUCAUGGCAUCUGGACAUGAUAAAUAAUAGGUAAUCAAGCAUCUGUAUUUGCAAUCAAAGGGGGGAGAGAGAGAGCAGCUGUUAGAGCAGAGAGCUUUCGCUUUUGCAGGAGAUAUUUGCAGGUGGAUUUGGGGUUUGGACUUUAGUCGCCACUUGUAAAAAGAGGCAGCGGAUUAGGCGGUUGAAGGAACGGACAAGGGAACGAGGGGAGGAUAAAGAAUUGGAGGAGAAGGUGCAGGAGGAGAGGGAUAAUGAUGAAGAUGAUGAGGUUUGUCCGAUUCGGUGUUUGAAGGCGAUGGAAGCCAUGCUUUUGGCAACCUGUGCACCUGCCCGGUUUGUCUGCUUGGGCUAAAAACAGGCCAUCCUGGGGAAAAAAAAGGAUUUUGGAAAGAUUAUGGGGACCGGGUGGAGAAGGGCUCGAAACGCUCUGGGGCUUACGGUUUGUACAUCGAUUCCUCGAGAUGACCUUGACGCUUUGGAUUCUGCUGCUGCGACUGCGAGUCCCAGAGCGCCUGCGGAUUGUAGUAGUGGUAAUGGCGGUUUUGGUGCCCCGAUGUUGGGUUUUGCAGAAGGCGGGGGUAGUAGUUGUGUUUCCAGUCCAAGAUUGCAGCAAUUGGAAAAUGUUGGCAGUGCCUCUAGGCUGCAGUGCCAGACUAGUCCUAGCCCGCGCCUGCGGUGCCAGACCGGUGGGAAUAGCUCAAGGGUGCAGUCUUCGCUCUCUCAGGUCUCCGGUUCGAGUCCCAGAAUGUGUUCUCAGUCGCAGUGUAGCCCUAGGUUGCAAUGCCGGACCAGUGCGAGUCCUAGAGUGAGGAAUAUCGAGAAUGUUCCGCUUACUGAAGGUUCUGUUCCUUCGUCCCCGAGGUCGCCUUCCAGAUUGAGCUUGCUCAGGAACAGUAUCAGGCUUUCCAGAAGUACCUGUGCAAUGUGCUUACAGACGAUGAAGCCUGGGCAAGGGCACGCAAUAUUUACAGCGGAAUGUUCUCACGCUUUCCAUUUUCCUUGCAUCGCUUCAAACGUGAAGCAUGGAAACCUGGUAUGCCCCGUUUGCAGGGCAAAAUGGAAGGAAGUACCAUCGCAGGUGACCGUCAGCGUGGCUCACAAGGAAGUAAAAGCCGAGAGAACCUCAGUGCUCACUCCUAGAAGCAGCAACCGAAGAACCAGUAAUAAUAUUGAUAAUACAUCUGAUAUUUCUUCAGAAUCGUCCUUUACUCCCAGAGGAAGCAGGCAAAUUGCUCCAUCCGAACCCCUUUACGACGACGACGAGCCUUUGGAUCCAAAUCCGAGGUCAAAUGGAGCCACAACAGCAUUCAGUACAAUUCACGAAGAAGAAGAGGAGUUCGAAUUCAAAGGUUUCGUGGUCGAACCCGAGGCCGUCCAGAACAAAGACGCCUCUUCAGAAACCAGCGCUCUGAGAAGAAGAAAUGUGGAGAUUUCAAUACAGCCGGAGGUUCAAGUCCUCGCCGCUGGUAAAUCAUGCGAAAAUUUUACAGUCCUAUUGCAGGUAAGAGCUCCGCCUGCAAACCCCCCGCAGCAGAAGACGAUGAAGCAAAAUUCACCCUCAUUAAUCCUGGAUCCAAAUUACCGCGCAUCCAUUGAUCUUGUAACCGUCCUGGACAUAAGCGGCAGCAUGUCAGGAACGAAGUUACAGCUGCUAAAACGGGCAAUGAGGCUGGUAAUUUCUUCACUGAGCCCCGCCGACAGGCUGUCGGUGGUAGUUUUCUCGGCUUCCGCCAAGCGCGUAUUUCCGCUGAGGCGCAUGGCUCCGCAGGGGCAAAGGGCCGCUCGCCGUGUGAUCGACCGCUUAGUCUGCAGCGAAGGCACAAAUGUUCCGGACGCCUUAAAGAAAGCAGCGAAAAUCCUCGAAGAUCGCCGCGAACGAAACCCUGUAGCAUCCAUUAUGCUGCUUUCAGACGGACAAGACAAGCGGAGCUUCAGCACUCCUGCAUCAACACACAGUGACCUAGCUUCCAUCAGACAAAGCACUCGCUACGGUCACAUUGAGAUCCCUGUGCACGCUUUCGGCUUCGGAAGCGACCAAAGCGCGGCCAAAAUGCAUGCAAUUUCUUCUGAAUCUGGUGCCGAAGAUGCCUUCGCUCAAUGCAUCGGGGGCUUAUUAAGCGUCGUUGUCCAGGACGUCCAGCUGACAGUCUCCUGCUGUUCCACGCCCGGGGUUGAGUUGCAGAGCAUUUAUGCCGGGAGCUUUCAAACCAGGGUUCUCGACGACUACGGAACUGUAAAGCUCGGAGAUCUGUACGCAGACGAAGAAAGAGACAUAAUUGUGGAGCUUAAAGUUCCAGCGGUCAGGUAUCCUAAUUCCAUGAAUGUUCUCAGUGUGAAUUGCUCUUUCAAGGAUCCUGUCACACAGCAAGUAAUGUACGGGAAAGAACAGUCUUUAUCCAUCCCACGCCCGGAAAGCACCCGUGGCUUCCCUAACUGCAUCAACUUUCAAGUCGACAAGUACAAAAUUAAGCUCCGCACGGCACAGGCCAUUGGCGAGGCUCGAACCAUGGUCGAUCGCGGUGACGCCAACGGAGCCCAACAGGUCCUCUAUAAAGCAAAAGCAAUGUUGAACUGUGCUGCCGCGACACGAACCGUGGACCAGAUGCGAAGUGCCUUGGAGGCGGAGAUUAAGCGUAUUCAGGCCAGAAUGAUCCGCGAGAGAGAGAGCCGCGAUCGACUGCACAGAGAACCCGCCACCCCUACAUCUUCUUCAGUACUGGAUAUCAUCAUGCGCUAUGAGACGGACAGCAAUGGCGAAGCGCUCACUCCAACCUCAGCCUGGAGAGCAGCAGAGAGGCUCGCCAAGGUCGCCAUGAUGCGGAAAUCUUUAAACCGGGUCAGUGAUUUGCACGGCUUUGAGAACGCAAGGUUUUAAUUCUUUUCAUGCUCUUUUCAUUUGGUGAGAAUAAAAUUUUAUUCGCGAUUACUGUGCACUCUGCCUCUUUUGGCUCACCAGACGCCGGAAUUUCCAUGAAAUUUCCAGUGCGCUUGCUUGCAUUUCAAAUUUGUACAAAAUACGAGCCUGUAGAGCGCUGUAGUGAUUUUACAGACAUUCCACCGCUCUCUCCUUCCUUCCCUUGUAAUGUAUUCCAACGAGCUGGAAGUGGUUUGCCUGAAUGAAGUACCUAGUAAAACUAUGGUUUUCGCUUUAA